ACAACGAACAGAGGCCGUCUGGGUUCGAGUCCCCGACAAAUUUGUCACCCCAGAUGGGACCCGUCUGACUCUCCGGUGCAGAGGAUCGGACUCCGAAGCAACGCAGUGCGCAUCCUCCGGUUUUGAGUAGCUUUGCCUGGUGGCCUGAUCCCUGUUUCGUCAAUAAGGCGUGUCCUGUGAACCAGCUGAGGCCUGCAGAAAUCCAGCAACAUCACCUACCCAUUAUGUAGGGUCCAGGUCUUCGGGGUUAGAGUCCCUGGAGAGAUGUGACCGGAUUAGGAGGAACUGGCGGGAGCUGGACCUCAUGCAGACUCAGAAACGGCGCAAGAGGCCCACCAUGCAUGUGCAGUCCGGCUGAACUACAGCUGACGAAUCUCUGACCUGCAGCACCGGGAAGAGCCCGACACCUACAGUGGAGCACCCACAGGGGGACAUACAGCUUGAAGAACCAUUGUUACUGCACAAGAUAAGAACAGGAUAAAGUCGGUGCAGUUUCCUUGCCUGGCAGGAGAAGGCAGCGGCUACAAUGAGGGUGCAGUUUAUCACCCCCCUCGUAGGCUUUUGUUGGCUCAUCUGUAUCAAGGAGACUCAUUUCUCCAGCGCGGAGAUCAAUGAAUGUUCCCAAGUCCCCCCGGCCUGCGGCCCGAAUGCCUCAUGCCUUAAAAAUGCAAGAAGUUUUUCCUGCAAGUGUUUACCUGGCUACAGAUCUUCCAAAGGAGACUCCUGGCUGCCCGGCAGCGUCGCCCCUCUGAACUGCUCAGAUAUUGAUGAAUGUUCUCAGGUCCCUUCGGUCUGUGGCCUUCACAACUCCUGCGUCAACACCCCUGGGAGUUACAACUGCCAGUGCCAGCCAGGCUAUUCUCCCCCCAGGGGGAACUCCUGGAAACCUGGCGACAGCCACAGCUUGAACUGCACAGAUAUUGAUGAAUGUUCUCAGGUCCCUUCGGUCUGUGGCCUUCACAGCUUCUGCAUCAACACCCUGGGGAAUUACAGCUGCCAGUGCAAAGCAGGCCAUUCUUCCCCUGGGGGGAACUCCUGGAAACCUGGAGACAACCACACCUUGAACUGCACAGAUAUUGAUGAAUGUUCUGAAAACCCAUCGAUCUGUGGCCUUCACAGCUUCUGCAUCAACACCCCGGCGAGUUACAGCUGCCAGUGCAAUGCAGGCUAUUCUUCCCCCGGGGGGAACUCCUGCAAACAUGGUGGCAACCACACCUUGAACUGCACAGAAAAUACCAUCGGUGACCAGUUCAAGAAUCUGACAGGAGUCACUUUAGAAAGCCGAUGCAACACAAGCCAGAAUGGAAACCAGGAAAACAACCCAUUUUGCAUCUUAAUAGAAGGUAUCUUAAAGACGCGGUCUUCUGCAUUUGAAAAUGGAAGCAACCCAGAAUCACUGCAGAAAGCCACUGCCUCUUUCGAAUCAUUUGUUGGGAACAUUAAUGAGUUGUCACCCAAGGAGAAGGUCUUGGCUGCCACUGUUUUUCUGAAGAGCGUGGAAUCGGUCGCCUUUCAAGCUGCUCUGGCAAGUCCCACGAACCAGUUAGAGCCCAACAAAAACGAGGCGAUAACCAUCGCAGCCAAGGCCGUUAAGGAUAACUGCCGCAGUCAAGGGGAGAGAAUCUCACUGAAUGCAAAAAACGAAUUGAUGGCCAUUGACUGCACUACGGUCGUCGGCUCUGAUGGCUCAGGCACUGGAGCCGUCGUCUUCAUAGUGUACGACCAGCUGGAGUCCGUCCUAAAGGACAGCGUCAGCGAUCAAAGCCUGACAGGUGCUGACAGACUGGACGAAGUUACCCUGAAUUCCAACGUAGUGAGUGUGACCGUUGGGGAACGCAGAAACCUCUCCAGACCUUUCAACUUCACCUUGGAGCAUAAACAGGUAGCCUCACUGCAGAGGGGCCUCUUCAGCUCCUUCCACCUCCUCCCCUACCCCACGAGGAAUCCAAAUCUGAAUGCUGCUUCUGACCCCAAAAUCUAG